AUGGCAGAAGAACAGAACGGUGAACGCGUACGCAAGCGCGACAUCGCCGCCAAGUACAUCUCUUGGGACAAGCUGACAUCCAGGAAGCAGGGACUUGACUACUCGGAGAAGCAGCUGAAGAAGGCUGUCGGACUCGGAGCGACGCCCAACGUGGUGCCGCUGGCGCAGCCGAUCACAAAUGGCGAGCCGCGCGAGCUCCGUGUUGGAUGGCACCCCGUCGGCGGGUUCGCGGGCAAGUGGUUUGCAAAGGAGACGGGCCUCGGACGCCUCAUCACUGAGAAGAUCAACUCAUAUCCCGAUCCGACCCAGCACUGGGCCGUGCUCGUCGGAGACUACGCCCAUCAGUUGUGGAUGCUGACAACCAAGGACGAGAACUUCGAUGUCAUCUACACGAACGCAAAGGUGAUCCCGGAAGAGUGGACGACGUACCCCGUUGGGUCGACGCGCUUCAACGACGAUGCGAUCCGGCGCACGGGCGAGCACGUGAUUGCGCAGCUGCGCGAGACAAGACCAGCGUACAACCUGAUCACGAACAACUGCCAAACGUACGCCCUGCUUCUGCUCGAUGCGAUCAAGGCGGAGGGCGAGGCCAAGUUUCCGACGACGCAGAACGUGUACGAGCGCCUGACGGGUCCGGGCAAGGUGCUCGACCUGUUCCUUCCGCCUACCGAUGUGCCGCAUGGCGCCGAGCCGCAGGGCCAGGAGACUGUCACCAACGCGCAGAGUGUCAUGACGGACCACACGCACCAGGUCGACGCGAACGCAAAGGCGGCCGAGGACUCGGAUACGGACCGGUCUCGCGGCAACAGUCCCGGCUCGCGAAGCAUGGGCGAGGUGGUUGACCAGGCCCGAGACGCCAAGAAGAAGGACGGCAUCUUCAAGCGCAUCUUCCGCAAGAAGAGCCCGUAG